AUGCCCUUAAAGUUUGAGCUGUGUCCCGGUAGAAUGAUCGGAGGUAACCAUCCGUGCUUCAUCAUUGCAGAAAUUGGACAAAACCACCAGGGAGACAUUGAGAUUGCCAAGAAAAUGAUCAAAAUGGCAAAGGACUGUGGUGCUGAUUGUGCCAAAUUCCAGAAGAGUGAGUUAGAGUACAAAUUUAACAAGCGAGCCUUGGAGCGCCCAUACACUUCUAAACACUCCUGGGGGAAAACUUACGGGGAACACAAGCGCCACCUGGAGUUCAGCCAUGAGCAGUACAGGGAGCUGCAGAAAUAUGCAGAAGAGGUGGGGAUCUUCUUCACCGCCUCAGGAAUGGAUGAGAUGGCAGUCGAGUUCCUCCAUGAGCUCAAUGUGCCUUUCUUUAAAGUGGGCUCUGGAGACACCAACAACUUCCCCUAUCUGGAGAAGACUGCCAAGAAAGGACGGCCCAUGGUGGUGUCCAGUGGGAUGCAGUCCAUGGAGACGAUGCGUCGGGUCUACAAAACAGUGAAGGAGCACAACCAGAACUUUGCCAUCCUGCAGUGCACCAGCGCCUACCCUCUGGAAGCUGAAGAUGUCAACCUCAGAGUUAUUACGGAAUACCAGAAGGAAUUUCCAGAUAUUCCCAUUGGAUAUUCCGGCCACGAGUCUGGGAUCAGUAUUUCAGUUGGCGUGACUCUGGGGGCAAAGGUCAUCGAGCGUCAUAUAACCUUGGACAAGACUUGGAAAGGAAGUGACCAUGCCGCCUCAUUGGAGCCAUCUGAGCUAACUGAGCUGGUUCGUUCCAUCCGACUGGUGGAGAGAGCGAUGGGGAGCGGCCUAAAGCAGAUAUUACCUUGUGAGAAGCCAUGCCACGAUAAGCUGGGUAAGUCAGUGGUGGCCAAGGUCAAGAUCCCCAGAGGAACUGUUCUGACUCUGGACAUGCUGACGGUGAAGGUUGCUGAGCCCAUGGGCGUAGCGGCCGAGGACAUAUUCCAACUGGUUGGCAAAACAGUGACGGAGGAGGUGGAGGAGGAUGAGAGCGUCACGCCAGAGGUGGUGGACAGCUACGGCAAGAAGGCCAAGUGCUGAGGAUGGAGAGUUUUGAAUUGUAUAGAAAAGGCACUUAAUUUAAAAAGUGGAGAUUUAGGGGGGGUAAUUAUAAAAGGAGCCUUAUAUGAGAUUACGAGAUUUUGUAGUUUUGUUUGGUGCUGCUGAGAUUUCUGACACUGAAGUCAUGGAUGGUCAGUAAGUUGUUGCAUAAUUGGACAGAGCAUUAGAUUGAUGGUUUGAAGAUAUCUUAGCUAGUGUUCAACAGAUUACUCCUUUUCUCAAAUAAGUAAGUAGUUCUCCUUUGCCAAAGUAGUUUUAAUUUUCAAAACUCCGCCUUAAUGUAAUACACUUGGCAAACAGCCACUUAAAUAAACCCACCAUUAUCUUACUAAGGGCUCAGAAGAAGUUUUAGUGCUGUGGUUGGUACUAGUGCAGUGCUUUUAAAGGUGGCACAAAAGCCAGUUGUUACUGUUAACUAAACAUCCUUUGCACUAUAGUUUUAGCCUGUACUGUAGAGAUUAAAUGAAUAUUGAACACAUGAAGCUGCUACUAUUCAUCUCAUCACACCACAGUGGGAUCCUGGUCCCUAUUUGCCAAACAGUCAGUGGACUCUUCAUGUACCUUUGAGCUGUCACGAUUGUCAACUGGUGCCAGAAAUAUCAGUUUGUGGUAUCAGGCAGGGGUUGUACUUGUGCAGUUUCUUUGAGAGCAGAAAAAUAAAACUAGUGGCAUAGCAUGGCCUAAUGACCACUUUUACAGUUAACCUUGUUUUUGUAAUAAACCAGACUCCUCCUUUUUUCUGGCACCCGCAACGUCCUCUUAAGUGUGCUUCCAGGGUCAGUGAUGUUAAUGCACAUUUAUAAAUGUUUAUAUGUUAAAAUCUGUUGAGACUGAAAUCUCCAAAAAGCUCCAAAUAAAACAUUGCCCAACCCAU